UACACACUUUAAAGUCCACUGCUUUGCCUCAAUGUACAAUUUUUUAAACCACAAAACAAAAAUCAUCGUCUACCUCCCUCAAUCGUCUUCUCGCAAAUAGCAGCCUGGUCUAUUCCCUCAUAAAAGAGACUUUGGCUGCUUAGCAACAGUGAAUACCAUCUAAGCCUGGCAGUCUGCGGCCAUCCCCCCCACCCCCCUCACUGGGCUCAGCAAGGAUAAGAUGUUCAUUGAAGAUCAACUUGCCUGAUCGACUGUAAAACUUUGGAAUUUUCAAGAUAUAACCCUAUCCAAACCAUCAAUGCCUAAAUCAACAUUUGAUAUGUCUUGCAAUGAACACAUUGCUACAGUUCCUCUGCCCCACAGGGACAUGCAGCUUGUUCUCUCAUCUGAGAGUCCUUACAACAAUGGAUCCCUUUCUCCAUCACCAAACUCCUCCAGUAGUGUAUCGACUAAUAGAGAAACCAGCAGCUCACCAGACAUCCACAUGCCGGACCAUUGUAUCACUGAAGGCUUUCUUUUGGAUAGCUUGCAAAUCACUCCUCCACGACAGGAUAAUUUGUUCUGUGACUCAAGCAUAAGGCUGUCCCAAACAUGUAUCAACACCCUUCUCGAAGAUCAUGUGAAUUUCUGCAAUAAAAACUUGAGCUCCCAAGACAAUCAAGAGACCGAAGAGUACCUGUCUUUCGGUUGUAAUAAGGGGGAUGUUGCCUCUGCUGGGAUAGGGGAAGAAAGCCAACAAAGUUCAUGUGACAUUUCUCAGCAUGGAUCAACUGAGAAUAACUGCUGCUCGAUGAGCUCUGGGGAAAUGGUGAUGAGGAGCAACAGUUUUUGUUUGGCAGACCAGUCCCUUUCUGUGUUUUCUUCCUUCGAUGACUCGUCCAUCUCACCAGCCACAGCGCAUGCCGAAUUUCUUGAUGAAUCCAAGAUUUUGAGCACACUCACCUUGCCAGAUGUGUGUGAGAAUGUAGCUGAGGUGACCCUUGGGAACCCAUACUUUGGCAAGACCUUCAUCCUGGCAGACAACUGGGAGCUCCCUGAGGAAGACAGUUUGAGUACAGCGCCCUCUCCUGGGGUUCGGCCAGGUGGAAAUCCGGGAGAUCUUUUUAUGACGUUUCUGUGCGGAGCCUCUCCAGAUGAUAAGAAACAGGUGCAAUUGACAUGCAUGGAAGCAGAGGUGGCACAUUUCUCUGCAGAAUUCACGCCAGAAAAGGGCACAACCUUUGUGCCCACAAUGGCAGUUAUGCAAAAUAGUAAGACUUCUACACCGGAACCAAACACUGGCACUAAAAUACUUCCCUCACAUUUAGAAUCUACUUGCUUUGAAGAUAAUGAAAGUCCAAGAUCAUUACCAGUUGAAAAACAACAAACAUCUGUCACUCCCACACAGAAUUUGGCUGUAGGAUUAUCACCGUCUCCAAGCAAAGUAAAACAAAAUGAGAUUAAGAAGUGUCCUAAAUCAGACUUGAGGAAUGUAAAAUCUAAAGUUGUGACAAGAACUGUGGAUUCAAGAUCUUCUCCACAACACAAGCAAUUGCAAGCACAUUUGCACAGCAACCCCAUUGGUACUAGACGUACCAAUAGCAGAAUAGGAAGAGCGGCUGCCUUUUUGCCUGCCACUGCUAGAAGGGAAAUAAAUGUGCAGAAACAAGUCAUUCCAAGGGCUGUUCACUUGGGUGUGACAAUCAUACAGUCACCCAAAUAUACUGUGGGGAAUGAAAAAGGUAAAAGUAGCAUAUCCAGCCCAGCAAGUAAAAUUGCUCAAACACCGUGUUGCAGCACUGUCAGUUCUGAGAAAGCGCACACAGCUUCAAGCCAAAAAGUAGACAUUCCAGCUCAGUGCACCGGCGACCGAAUUUCAUCCUCUGAAAAACCUUCUGCUAAAAGUGGGAAGAAAGAUUCUGAACUGACUCCAAAGAAGCACAUGUCAAACAAAAUUGAGGUCAAGGCAGGCUCAGCUUUGAGCUACGUCAAGACAAGGCAUCGAUGCUCAUCAGAGAGUUUGUCAUCUCUACUUCGACCACCCAAGCAAAGGAAAGCUGCUAAGUUCUCAACCACCAUUGUAUUUCCCAGACAUGAAAAACCAAGCAAAACAGGGAUUUUAAACAACUCUUCCCAGAGUAAAGUGCCCUCACAGACUGAUGUCACAAAAAGACCUGCGGACGAUUCCCCUAGAGAAGUUAUUAAAAUCAGCCUGGUGACAGAAUCUGGCAGAGCACCUGGAUCCUCUUUGGAUCAGACUAAGAGCAAAGCUCGAGGACAGACCGUUCCAAGACAAUCCCGAGCAACAUCCCUUUCCCAACCUCCAACUGCGAGUCAGUCUAUCAGGCAGAGACAAGGAUCCAGUUCAAAUGUUGACUUCAGGGUGUCUAAAGGGGUAGUAGGCACACCACAGUCUAAGCAGAAUAGCAUUGCAGGCAGUCAGAGGACUCAAGCAACAGGAGAGCAGUCCCUUGCACCAGCCUCAUCUGCAAGUGUUAAGUACCAGCUGAAUGGACCCCGACCUGCUCAGGCUCCGUCGCGCCCCUCUCUUAUGGGGCCGCUCCUUACUCCUGCCUCUAGACUACCUCGCAAGACCUUGUUGACAUCCAGGAGCCAACAUGUAGGCAGUGUUGGCAGUGACCAGAAUGAAGCUUCUGGAGGAACUCCACAUAGGCAAAUCCCUCUCAAGACUGUUGUACCAAAGCCAAGACUAAUUUCAAACCCUGUAAAAAACAAUGGAACAACCUCUGUCAAAAUGUGUUCUACAGUUGUACCACCUGCUACUAAUACCAACAAAGGAUCAUGUACCUCUACUGUCAGUCUACUGAAAAGAGCGCUUUCUUCCCGAUUAACUCAUCCAACACCAAGCAGAGCAGUAGACAAGAACAAAGCAAAAGCCAGUUGCCGCCAGCAACAACCUCUGCAGCAAGUGGAAACAUCCCAAUCAAAGCAGAAUACUGGACGCCCUGAUGUGGUACCACCGAGUCUGCCACAGGGUGACACUAAGGAUCAGAGAAUCCAACAUCUCACAGAACUACUUGCAGCCUCUUCCUGCAGAUUUGAGGCAGUUACUGUUGUCUUGCAGAAAACGCUGGCAGAGCGUGAUGAAUCCAUGGGGCGGUGCAAAGAACUGUCUGAGGAGCUGGUCAGUCUCCGAGGAGAGCUGGUGUGCUCUGUCAAAUCCUUUGAACAAUUGGAGAAGGAGAAGCAGGACUUGCAGAAUGCUCUGGACAACACAAUGGAGAGACUGCAGAAGCAGCACCAGAAGGACCUGGAAGACAUGGAGCACAGACUGCAGGUCUUCUACCAGGUUGAGUGUGACAAGAUCCACCUCAGCUAUCAAGAGGAGGCCAACAAGUGCAGAGCUCUGCUACAGCAACAGAUGGAAGCACUCGAAGUCAGCCAUAAGUCCAUGAAGGUGGAAUUAGAAAAAGGCCAUGUAGAACAGCUGCAAUGUGUUAAGCAACAACAUGAGCAGUCACUACAGGAGCUCGGAAAUAUCCACAAUCAGCAGCUGGAGUCUUUAGAAGCAAGUUUAAAAGACGCGGAAGCUGCACUGUCUGCACGUAUAGAAGUGCUGACUCAGGAGAAUGCUGCCAUGAUAGAGAAGCUAACAGCAGAGGAGAACAAGAGGAUAGAGCUUGCUGAGAGUCAGAAGGACUCGCACACUGUGUAUCUGGAGCAGGAGCUGGAAAGCCUGAAGGUGGUGCUGGAUAUCAAAAACAAACAACUCCACCAGCAGGAGAAGAAGAUGAUGGAAAUUGACAAACUUAUGGAGAAAAACGUGAAGUUGGAUGAAAGCCUUAAGCGGGUCCAGCAGGAGAACGAGGACCUCAAAGCUCGUAUGGAGAGGCAUGCUGCACUUUCAAGGCAGCUGUCCACAGAGCAGGCCGUGCUGCAGCAGUCCCUCCAGAAGGAGUCCAAGGUGAACAAGCGUUUGUCCAUGGAGAAUGAAGAGCUGCUGUGGAAGCUCCACAACGGAGACGUGAGCAGCCCUAACAAGAUGUCUCCCACUUCUACAUCUCCUUCCCACUCCUUCAGCUUCCAAUCACCCCGCAGUCCUGGCGCCUGUUUUUCCCCGCCUUUCUCGCCCAGAUAACGGCGGCUUCUUUCAAGUCGACCCUCUUGGCACUUCAGCGGGCGGAGACGGCUUCUUCAGAUGUCCCCCGCCCGCAGAGACACUGACUUUAAAAAACAAAACAAAAACGAUGCACACGCACUUAAUACGAAUGGCCACAAUGUUCUUUGGCUGUCACGUCUAUUGAGCAGUUGUGGGAAGGGGAAGUGAAAGGAAUCUCAGGACUUGUUAUGGAACACUAUUUUUCUUUCUCGAGUUGUAACCACUGGUGGCUUGUACUCACACACUGCAUGCGUAGGAACCCCGCACCGUUUCACUAUUUUGUGCACGAGUGACCCUCUAAUUGUUUGUGCUUCCAUGUAUGAAUGCUAGUUGCGGCAGGUGCAGAAUCUCUUUUAGAAUCUGCAGCCUCCAACUUUGUGGCCUUCCCCUUUUUUUUGUUUUUUUCAAGGGACCAAACCAAAGUCUUGUUAAAGUCCGCCGUGCUGAACCCCAAAACCCUAACACAGCUUUAAAGUCAGGGUCUUUCGGCAGGAAGGACUUUGCUACACCCCUAAAAUCGAAUUUGUGUGGAAAUACUAUUAUUGGUGUCACUCUUUUUGAAAUAUGCAAUUAAUAAAUUAAUUUUAAACUUGCUCUAUGAGUUAUC